GUUAAAAUAAAACAUGUUGUUGAGUAGUGUAAUUUUUACUGUAAUUGCUGCAGUAAUACCAUUAUUAGAAGCCAUACCCGGUGGAUUUAUUGCUGCCGACGAUGGCGGUUUAAACUUUGUGGUGGCUAUAUACGAUCAAGAGAAAUACAUCUGUGGCGGUACAAUUAUAAGCACGAAUUUUAUAGUCACCGCUGCUCAUUGUUUCAAGCGAGGUAGGGAAGUAACUGGUAUUAAAAUCAUAUGUAAAACGGUAGAUUUGAACGAUAUAAAAGAAGAGAAUAUAAGAAAUGUCGAGGAGAUUAUCAUACAUCCACGCUAUUCAAUGCUCAGUAGAGAUUUCGAUAUAGCACUGGUCAAGUCUGAAUAUCCAAAUGUGCGAAAACUGGGGUUGGCUACAUAUUAUGAUGUAUACUAUGAUGAAUAUACUACAGCCGUGGGUUGGGGCCUGCAAAUGGAACCUAAUGAUGUGCCACCUGUUCGACUAACGUAUAAUAUUCUGAAGGUGUGGCAACGUGAAUCAUGUAAUUCCCUUCAUAUAUGGGGACCAGAUGCCUAUUAUCUUUUUAAACCUUUGGUUAGCGAACGUAUGUUAUGUGCCGAUGUACCAGAUGUUGGACCGGGUACCUGCGAGAGUGAUGAUGGUUCGCCUAUACUUACAAAUGGGCCAGAAAUUUUGGGUAUAUUAUCAUGGCGUUAUGAUUGUCAAACGCCUGGCAAGCCAUCGGUGUAUACAAGUAUACCUUUGAUGAAACCUUGGAUAUUAAAAGUAAUGACCAACUAUAGCAUGAAUAAAAAAUAA